CAUGUGUUGGUACUUCGGAUGCGGGUGACAGAUUGUUUCAUUCGUUUGUGGAAGGCCACAACAUUUGACAACACAACAACAACAACGACAACGACACAAACCACAGACAACAAGCAAAAGUGUAGCAGAAGGCAGUGAAGGAAGAGACAAUUCACUCAUGGCUGUGAAAUGAGUCGCAACAAAUUCAUUGAAGAAAGUGAUACCAGUUCAUUAAAAUCAAACUCUAGUGACACAUUCAGUUUAAGUUACAAGCCAACAUGGAUUCUUAUGCGCUUCCUCAUUUUGAUUCUUUUUUAUUUUUCUCUUUCUAUUGGCUUGACGUUUUACCAACGUUCGUUACUCCAGGACUUACAUUUCCCUCUGUCUAUUGUGAUGUGCCACCUAUUUAUUAAAUUUGUACUAGCAUCACUAUGUAGAUCAAUUCUUGAGUGGUACUCAGGAUGGCCUCGCCUUCAGACUCCUUGGAAAAAAUAUGUAUCCAGACUGGCCCCUAUAGGUAUAAGCAGUGGAAUGGAAGUUGGUCUCUCAAAUUGGGGCCUAGAGCUUAUAACCGUUUCUUUGUAUACAAUGACAAAGUCGACAACAGUCCUUUUCAUCCUUCUGUUUUCCCUCUUAUUCAACUUGGAGAAAAAGUCAUGGUCCCUGGUUUUGAUUGUGGUGCUGAUUUCAUCAGGAUUGACAAUGUUUACAUACAAGGCGACGGAAUUCAGUGCUAUUGGAUUUGUAUUAGUUCUUAUAGCAUCUUUUUUAAGUGGUAUUAGAUGGACAUUAGCACAGGUUUUUAUGCAACAUACUGAAUCCGGUCAUCAGAACCCCCUUGAUGUGGUAUACCUUGUACAACCAUGGAUGAUUUUGUCUGUACUCCCAUUUGCAGCUUUUUUUGAAGGUUCUCAGGUUGCUAGCAGUUGUCUCCUUCUUGGCUCCUAUGAGCGCCAUAGAGUCAUAACCACAGUAUUGAAAGUAGUAGCAGGGGCUAUUUUGGCAUUUGUAAUGGAACUAUCUGAAUAUUUACUGGUUGUCAGCACUUCCAGUCUUACAUUGUCCAUUGCUAGUGUCUUUAAGGAGGUGAUUACACUGGUGUUAGCAGUGGAGUGGGCUGGCGAUCAAAUGAGCCCUGUCAAUGUAGUCGGUUUAGUUCUAUGUCUUGGAGGCAUUUGUGCUCAUGUUGCCCAUAAGGUUCGAUCCUCUUCAAAGUCUUCCUCAGCUGAUCGUCCUGCCCCAGUAUCUAAUGAAACUGGACAUUCUUAUGAAAUGAGAACUCCAUUAUUAGCAAAUGAAAGUGAAAUGCCUGCAGCGUUUUUGAUGAGUGGUAGCGAGGAAGAAGAUUCAGAUGAAAACUCAGAUAUAUUGUAUAUAUUGAAUCAUCGAGAUCGUGUCACACACAGAUAGUGAACCCUAGUUCACUUUUUCGUUUCUUUCCCUAGAAUGAAUGAAACACAUUUUCCUUUGCUUCAUCCUGUAGAAUUUCUGUUUGUCUGUUAAUGUGCAUUUUCCCAAUCAGUCAGUUUUGUUUAGCUUGAACUGAGCAUUUUGGGCAUGGGACCACAAUCUGUUAAAAGUACUGCUUUUGUUAUGAUUUCUAAUUUUUGUAAAUUUAUUUUCUGAAGGUCUCAUUAACUUUUACUUUUCUUAAUGAAACGGAGAAAAAGAAAAACAUCCAUAUUCAGAGUCAUGUAGCAUAAAUUUUUCUGUUUAAGUCAUUCUUAGCAAUGUUCCUGGUCAGUAUUGAAGAAUUUUGAUGGUUUUACUGACUAUUCUUAAUCCUGAUGGAUAUGUCUUAAGUGUAAAUUAAGUUGGUUUACAAAAUGUGUUUCAAAACACAUCUUACUGUAUUUAUGUUUAAGUUUAAUGCAUUUUACUUAGGUGCUAGAUUUUUUUUAUUUCUAUAAUUCUAUUUUUGACGAUUAUUGUGAUCUAGUUAGUAACCCUUACUUUUAUGUUGUUGUUUUUUUUAUCUAAUGAUAUUAAUUUUUGAUGGUGUAGUAUGAUAUACUUUUUAGAAAUUGCAUCAAUUUACAGGCAGCACAUGGAGUUAGGCUGAAUCUGUCGUAACUUGUCUGGUAUUGGGUAGACUUGUUGUUCUGAGGACGCUAUCCAAGUAGAUGUGAUUUUAAUUCAUCUAAGAAUUAUCAGAUCCUAAAAAUGUCUACCCUUUUAAGACAUCACCAACAGCACCCCCUUCACUUUAAAUUUGACUUUCUCCGAUGAAUUACUGUUAAUUUAUUCUUUUUCUAGAAAUUUGGUUUGCACUUUGGUUGUUAGGAAAGAAUUUGUAAGUUUAUUUAAAGUCAAUUUGAUGUAAAGCAUUGCCUUGAAAGUCAUUUUCUUAAGACAGAUGUUAUUCUUAAGGUAGGAGCUAGAUAGACAUUAAUUUUUGUUUGUUUUUGUUUUUAACUUCUGUAUUUAUAUAGUUGUGAAUCUUAAGUUGUUUUUUGUUGGUCAAUGCAUGCAAUCUAAGAUGAUGAACAGAAUUGUACUUGGUAGUUGUGCCAUUCUGCCAUAGCUAAGAUUGUGAAAAUGUCAAAAUAUUUGGAGCUACCAAACAUAAGGUAGUCACAACUAAUUUUUUUUUUCUUUUCGCUUUAGAAAGGAUUUGUGACUGCUUGUUCAUAGCGAACCUGACCUCCCCAUAACUCCUCUACAGGUGUCUUAAACAUUCCUUUAUUAGUAAGUGGGCUGUGUGUAUGUGAUUUAGAAAAAACAUAGUACACUUUCUUUUUAUUCUUCUAUAAGCUUGUUUUUAAUUUUGAUUGAUGUUUUCACAUACUUUGUUGUAAGUUUGAUGUGAAUUUGAUUGAAUGGGUAAGUUAUGCUUUGGGGUACAAAUUUUUCUGGGUAAGCAAGUGUAGCUUAAGUACACUCUUUAGAGGCAAAUAAAACUGUCAUUUUUGAAAUUUUCAUUUGCUUUCUGUUCAAAUGAAAAUUUGUGGACUGAUGUGGUAACUAGUCUUAAGGUAGGAUGAAUGCCUUCGAAUCAGUGUGGAUGAUGAAAAAGAUAAAACUGUUAUUUUCAAUGAUCAA